UAAAAGCGGAAAAUGGGUAAAAUCGUAAAGCGUAGAAUCGAAGCGUAAAAGCGUAAGUUUUUUAUGCAUCCUGUAAAUGGUUGGAGUUGUCCAUGUGUUAAUGAUCGAAAGCCAGUGUGAUCCACGUGUUUUGUGCCGAUAUGAUAUGCCCUAAAGCCUGCUUGAUUGAAAGGUUUUGAGCUUACCUUGUCUGACUUGGUUUGCUUGGUGACAAGCAAACGGUUAAGUGUGGGGGAGUUUGAUAGACCAUUGAUUACACAUGUUUUUACCCCUAUUCUUGAGCCGUUUGAGAUGUCGAUUCCCGUGUUUUAGGCCGAUUUCACGCUAGGUUGUUUUUGUUUGUGAUAUUUCAGGUCCUAGUACGUGAAUGAAGGUUUAGGAACGAGUUCGGGGUCGAUUGGACGAAGUUUGGACGCUUGGCGAGAAGCUGAGAGGCCACACGGGCAUGCCCAAAAGCCACACGGCCGUGUGGGAGACCCACUGUGGUCGUGUGAGGGCUCGGCAAAAGCCACACGGGCAGCCUGGACACUCACACGGCCGUGUGAGUCGUGGCCGCGUGGGAAGCCUUAAGUCACUUAAUGAAACGCCGCGUUUUGCAAAGCCACACGGGCAGCUGGGGGAGUCACACGGCCGGGUGACAUGGCCGGGUGAGUCGGGAUUUUCUGGUUUUAAGCCAAUUUCCAGCCACAAGUGAGGGGGAUUCGAGUUUUAGAGAGACAGAGCGAUUCCUAGAGAGAGAAAGCGACGAACAAGAGUUCCCAAGUGCCCUAGCUUGAUCUUCAUCACCAUUGGAGCCCGGCUUGAGCUUGGAGAAGUGCCGAUCGACGCCCAGGAGCAGAAAUCCAUCCUUCAAAGUAUGGUUUCCGCAUCUGAAUAUGCUUUUGCUUCUUUCUCCAUGGAGUAGUUCUCCCAUUCAUCUGGGUAUGGGAAACCCUAGAUUUGUAUGUUAGGUCUGAUUGUAUGAACCCAAGUACAGAUUCUAUGAUAUUCAACUGAGGUUUGAAUGAUUGAAUGGCAUGAAUCCUGAUCAAAUUCCUGUUGUUUCUGCUUUAACCUAGAAAGAGAAUAUCUGCCUAGGUUGAUAGAGCACCCUUAAUUGAAGGUAGUGAAUUGGUGACUUUAGUCGAGGAGCCAAUUCACUAUUCUGUACCGAAGUUACUUUGGUAGAGGAGGUUUUGUUCAUUAGGGCCUCAAUCUUUUUACUCCAGUGGAGGUUAGUCGCCCGCUAGAGACUCAGAUUGAGAGGGUCUGGAGACCUUUAGUCGAGACUUCAGACUGUUUGAGAACCUUUCGCAGUAUAACUAUCUUAGAAACUGAACUUGGUAAUUGCAAUCCGGCUUAACUGCAGUCUAGGGGGAACCAUAUCCGGGUGACCUUUCUCGACUUGAAACAACCGUUUAAUUUGCUUUGUGUUUUUGUUUGUUUGAACCUGCACUUAAGUUUUACUGCUAGAUAAUAAGAAUUCACUGAGUAGUCAUCACAUCUAGGACCCGGGUUGACAUUAAAACCCAAACCCGCUAUACUACGCUUUAGGAAAUGGUUUCACUUGGCCAUUUUCUAGAGUGACAGUAGGAGUGAGUCAGUCUGGCAGCUAAAUACUCGAUUAAGCAAGUAUGGGAAUCUAUUAGGUUCCUUUCCCUGAUGUAACAUGGACUAAAGUUGUUUGAAGUAAGCCCUGUUUACCCUAAGCAUUGUGUGCUGUUGUGGUUAAUUAUAUUGGAGAGGAUCAGAAUGGGAGACAAGUUGAUUGGUUGGGGGAUCAGGUGAUGGAUGUUGUGUUUUAUGCCCGGAUGGUUUGGAUAGUACUUAGUAGAGUUUACUUGUUUGGUGUUUGUCUCUUUGGUAGUGCAGUGACGAACCAACUAUUAUGUAGUAUCUGUGUGUUCCCUAUCUUUGCAUAUUGGCAAAUGCAGUUAGAGUGGGCUGAGCGAGUCUGGUCUCAACCAUCUAAUAAUGCUAUAGCAGCUAGGAGAAUCCUAUGGAUCAUUGGCGUCAGCUCAAUUUGGAAGGAGCGAUAUGCGAGAAUUUAUGGGAGUAAGACUGCAAACUCUCCUUAUCAAAUUGCGCAGAAGAUUAUGAAAGAGUUACUAUUUUUGCUAGUGGCCAUAUCGCUUACCAGUUGAGAAUUCAAAGAGUUUCGCCAUUUUAGUAGUGCUGAUUCGUUUCUUUACUGGUUUAGUAUAUAAAGUAUAGUAUGUAAAGGGCCAGUUACUUUUUGAGAGGGAAGUUUCGAGUUGGACUUCCCCGGGCUUCAAUACAAUUUUUGAUUAACUAUAAAAAAAAUAAUAGAAUUCAUAAUAUCUGUAAAAAAAUUCAGCUCUCAAAGUGUGAGAAAGAGAUAGAAGGAAGAAUCACUUGGUCGAGGCAGCCCUACCUUAAAUAAAAUUAAUAAUAAUAUGAAAUCUGAGUUCGAGUCAGUCUCAUGAGCAGAAUGAGUUGUGAGCUCAUUAGUUCUUCCACCUCGAGUUUAUCUCGAGUCAAAUAUGAGCCAAGAUUUCAAUAAACAAGCCGAGUUCGAACUCAACUCGUUUAUUAAUGAGUUGAACCCAAUAUAAGUCAAAACUUGAU